AUGCGAGCGGCGGCUUGCGUGAGUGCAUUGGCUGCAUCGCUCCUCCUCGUGCACCUGCUCGCAUCACGCCGCCGACGCCGACACCGAAGCACUGCUGAGAGCGGCCUUCUCUUCACGGGCACAGGUUGCAGCUCUGGGCUGCCGCUCAUCGGCUGUGCGAUUGGCGCUCCGCAGUCGCCAGAAAAGUCAUGCACCGCGUGCGGCCCCGCGCUCCGCAACGGCCGCGCCGAUAAGAACUGGCGCAACAACGUCGGAGCACUGCUGCGCUUCCGAGGCGCCGAUGGCCAGACAAAGCACGUGCAGAUCGACUGCGGCAAGACAUUCCGCGACACGUGCCUCCGCGUGUACAGCGAGCACGGCGUCACCUGGCUGGACGCGCUCCUACUGACACACGACCACGCGGACGCUGUCUUUGGGCUGGACGAGCUCCGCUCUCUGCAGCCGGUCGAGCCAGGCGCACCUCCUCAUCGCCUGCUUCUGCGGAACCAAUCCCGGUCUCUGGACGGUGCUGCAGCUCCGCCGCCUGCUCCUGCGGUGCGGCGAUUCGUGGCGAGCAUCGAGUGGGUCUCGUUCGGAGAUGCGUUUGAGGUGGCGGAGCUGGACGUGGUCGGCCUGGCGGUGACGGCGCUGCCCGUGCUACACGGGGCGGACUACACCUGCUACGGCUUUGCAUUCGGGCCGCCGCAAGAGCGCGUGGUCUACCUGUCCGAUUACACCGCCCUGCUGCCGCAGACAGACGCGCUGCUCGCAUCGUGGAGCAGUGGCGGGGAGGCGAUCCACUUGCUCGUGCUCGACGCGCUGCGCAGCCACCCCGUCCACGCCACUCUCUCCGAGUCGGUGGAGCUCGCGAGGAGGCUCCGCCCGCGGCGAACACUGCUCGUCGGCAUGGGACACGCGCUCGAGCACCACGCGACAAACCGGAGGCUCCGCCGGCUGUGGCGAGAAGAGCAGCUAGACGUGCAGCUUGCGUUUGACGGCAUGUUUGUGCCGUUGCCGGGCCUGGACGUGGGAUGA